GAAACCCUUGAAGCGCAAAUCAAAGCCUUUUUUGACUCUGCUCCUCCUUUGCACAGCAGUGACGAAAUAACUCAAAAAUUGAAUCAAUUCAUUCGACAUAAUUCUUCAUCAUCGGGAAAUGGGGAAGCCAGGAGAAUUGUCUGUGUGACUUCUGGUGGUACCACUGCUCCGUUGGAGCAACGGUGCGUCCGCUAUGUUGACAACUUCAGUUCAGGUCAUAGAGGGGCCACGUCCACAGAGUACUUUCUGAAGGCUGGAUAUGCUGUUAUCUUUCUGCAUCGUAGGGGAAGUUUCCAGCCAUUUUGCAGAUCCCUUCCUGAUGAUCCCUUACUUGAAUGCUUUGAGCCCACCAAUGACUCAAAUAUUCAAGUUCGGAAGGCUUAUUCUGAAUCAGUGAAACGGGCUAUUCUGGAUCAUCAUACUGCGGUCGCCGGUGGUCACUUGUUAAAACUUCCUUUCAGCACCAUAUUUGAGUAUCUUCAGAUGUUGCAGAUUAUUGCAAUGUCAAUGAGGUGUAUUGGCCCACGUGCAAUGUUUUAUCUUGCUGCUGCAGUAUCUGACUAUUAUGUUCCUUGGAAGGAUAUGGUGGAGCACAAAAUUCAGUCAGGGUCUCACCUCUUGGACGUGAAACUUGUUCAAGUGCCAAAAAUGUUGUCAGUGCUUAGGAUAGACUGGGCUCCUCUUGCUUUCUGCAUAUCUUUCAAGUUAGAGACAGAUUCGAGCAUUCUUCUAAAUAAGGCUAAUGCUGCUCUUGAAAAGUACAAGAUGCAUGCGGUUGUUGCAAAUGAACUCUCUACUCGCAAGGAGCAAGUGGUGGUCACCACUGGUGUUGAGAAGAUUACAGUUCGGCGAGACAAUAGUGAGUCUGCUAAUGAUGUAGAGAAUCCCCUGAUUAAACUACUUUCGGAGAGACAUGCCACUUACAUCGAGAAUUCUAGUUGGUGACUCUAUUGAAUGACUGGCUGUGAGACCAGGGGCGGAGUUUCCUUGGGACAGGGGGUGGCCGCGGCCACCCCAAGCUUUUUAAUCAAGCUCCGCCACUGUGUGAGACCUUUGGUUUCUUCUGUUUGGGGAAGUUUUGUUACGUUAAGAUGUACUCUUGCGGUCUCUUUUUAAGUGGUGUUUAAGGUUGUGAUAGAUAGAGUAAGAAAUACAAAAUAAGAAAUAUUUAUAUAUGGGUUGGUGUGCUCAAUCUAUACCAAUUUUUUUUAAUAAAUCAAUUUAUAUCAAUUGGUUUUC